AUGACUGUGACUAAAGAGUUCCCAUUUUACGAGACUAAUACUGAUCCUUCAGUGAUAAGGCUGUUUGUCAUAAGACAUGGUCAAACAGAGCACAAUGUCUUAAAAAUUUUGCAAGGUCAUAAGGAUAUAUCUAUAAACUCUACUGGUUACAAGCAGGCUGAAAAGUUGGGAAUGUAUUUAAAAGAACAUAAUAUUAAAUUUGAUAAAGUGUUUUCAAGUGAUUUGAAGAGGUGUCAGGAGACGAAUACAGAGGUUUUGAGGUUUUCUGGACAAGAAGAUGUUCCAGUAGAGCUUGAUUCCGACCUUAGAGAGAGAUUCAUGGGUAUAAUCGAAGGUAUGCAUAUUACAGAUGCUGAAAAGUAUGCCAAUAAGCAUGGUAAGGGUUCUUUCAGAGAUUUCGGAGAGGAUCCGGAGGAAUUCACCGCAAGAUUGCACCGUGGUAUAAAUAAAUCGAUAAAGGAAUCCCUAGAGAAGGAUUACAGGAAUAUAGCCCUUAUUAGUCAUGGUGGUGCUAUCAGAGCCAUCUUAACGUCGCUUGAAGGGCCUAAGACUAAAAAUGCAGAUAAAAUCAUUGUCUUUAAUACUUCUGUGACAAUUAUUGACUACAUUAAGAGUGACAAUAGAUUGUUGAUCAGACGUAUUGGUAACACUCAGCAUUUGGGAGAGGGUGAGUUUAUAGUUAGUGAUUUAAGAUUGAGAUGA